GCCCGGAGCCGCGCGCCGUGAGGACCGCUGUCGCCGGCGUCACCUCAGGAACGCCGCGUCCCCCGGGGACCUCGCCUUCGCAGCGGGCGUCUUGGACUCGGUUCCGCCCGAGCGCUGACACGUGAAGAGCUCUCCGAGGGCCGGGUGCCGUCCAGGGAGCAGACCCAGCGAAGCGUCCUGCCUGCGGGCGCUGUGCACCCAGCCGGUAAUAGGUGACAGGAACCGAGUCGGUGGAGCCAUCGUGCUGACGGGGAGGCCGAGGGUGUAGUCCGCAGAAGCAGCUGGAAGCAGACAGCAGGGAGGCACAGGCCAAACCUGCCUUCCGAGCUCCACCCCUGCACAGCCUCUGAACCUCCAGACCCGAAGAUGCCACCCACACUUCAAAUCACAUCUUCAAAAACGAUUCCUGCUCCCAGAAAGUAACAGUUCGAGUAAGGACUCACGAGGGAGGAGACGGAGCGAGGACUGCCUUUCCUGUAAGCUUGGCUGUGAGGGGAAAGAGAGGGUAGAAAAUGCAAAGACAACUGGACACUCUGCUUUGAAAUUACUCAACCGAUGACCACACAGCACCCUCCUCUGCCUGGCUGGUGUUCGGUUCUUCCUCCCUCGUAGACUCAGUGUCCACAUCAACACUAGCGUAGCUCAGCAGUGACGACACGCGUGUCUCACCCUCCCUCAGCUUAAGUUAUAAGAUCAAAUUAUGAGUGACCAAAUCAAAUUCAUUGUGGACAAUCUCAAUAAAGAGCCUUUUAGGAAGAAUUAUAAUUUAAUCACAUUUGAUUCCCUGGAGCCAAUGCAACUAUUACAAGUUCUCAAUGAUGUUCUGGCUGAGAUUGACCCAAAGCAAGUUGUUGAUAUCAGAGAGGAGAUGCCAGAGCAAACAGCCAAACGGAUGUUGAGCCUUCUCGGUAUCCUUAAAUAUAAACCUCCAGGAAAUGCUACAGACAUGAGUACUUUCCGUCAGGGUCUGGUGAUUGGAAGUAAACCUGUAAUUUACCCAGUGCUCCACUGGCUUCUUCAGAGGACUAAUGAACUGAAGAAAAGAGCAUAUUUAGCUCGUUUUUUAAUAAAACUUGAGGUACCAAGCGAGUUUCUCCAGGAUGAAACUGUGGCUGACACCAAUAAACAGUAUGAAGAGUUGAUGGAAGCCUUUAAAACUUUGCAUAAAGAAUGUGAACAGCUCAAGACAUCCGGAUUUUCUACAGCAGAAAUAAGAAGGGAUAUCAGUGCAAUGGAGGAAGAAAAGGAUCAGCUUAUUAAAAGAGUCGAACGUUUGAAGAAAAGGGUAGAGACAGUUCAGAAUCAUCAACGGAUGCUUAAAAUAGCAAGGCAACUUCGAGUUGAAAAAGAGAGAGAAGAAUUUCUUGCACAACAGAAACUGGAACAAAAGAAUCAGCUGUUUCAUGCAGUGCAGAGACUGCAAAGAGUACAGAAUCAGCUGAAAAGCAUGCGCCACGCUGCAGCGGAUGCAAAGCCUGAAAGCUUAAUGAAGAGGCUAGAGGAAGAGAUAAAAUUUAAUUCAUAUAUGGUAACUGAAAAAUUUCCUAAAGAAUUAGAGAACAAGAAAAAGGAAUUGCAUUUUUUACAAAAAGUGGUUUCAGAGCCAGCUAUGACCCAUUCUGAUCUUCUUGAACUUGAAUCUAAAAUAAAUGAAAUAAAUACACAGAUCAAUCAGCUGAUUGAGAAGAAAAUGAUGAGAAAUGAGCCAAUUGAAGGAAAACUCUCACUAUACAGGCAACAGGCAUCCAUCAUUUCUCGUAAAAAAGAAGCCAAAGCUGAGGAACUUCAGGAGGCCAAGGAGAAGUUAGCUAGCCUGGAGAGAGAAGUGUCGGUGAAGGCAAGCCAGAGCCGUGAAUUUGAUGGCACCGAGGUUCUGAAGGGAGAUGAGUUCAAACGAUAUGUCAGUAAACUUCGAAGCAAAAGUACAGUUUACAAAAAGAAGCAUCAGAUAAUAGCUGAAUUUAAAGCCGAAUUUGGUCUCUUGCAAAGGACAGAAGAACUUCUUAAGCAACGUCAUGAAAAUAUUCAGCACCAGCUGCAAACUACUGAGGAGAAAAAGGGCAUAUCUGGGUAUAGUUACACCCAAGAAGAGCUGGAAAGAGUGUCUGCCCUGAAGAGUGAAGUUGAUGAAAUGAAAGGGCGAACACUGGAUGACAUGUCUGAAAUGGUAAAAAGACUAAAUUCACUGGUAUCUGAAAAGAAGUCAGCUCUAGCCCCAGUUAUAAAAGAACUACGCCAGUUGCGUCAGAAAUGUCAAGAGCUAACCCAAGAGUGUGAUGAAAAGAAAUCCCAGUAUGAUAGCUGUGCAGCAGGCCUCGAAAGCAAUCGAUCUAAAUUAGAACAGGAAGUUAGAGGACUCCGUGAAGAAUGUCUUCAAGAAGAAAGUAGAUACCAUUAUACAAAUUGUAUGAUUAAGAACCUGGAAGUUCAACUUCGUCGUGCUACUGAUGAGAUGAAGGCAUAUGUCUCUUCUGAUCAACAAGAAAAAAGAAAGGCAAUUAGGGAACAGUAUACCAAGAAUAUUGCUGAACAAGAAAACCUUGGAAAGAAACUCCGGGAAAGACAAAAAGCUGUACGAGAAAGUCAUGGUCCAAAUAUGAAACAAGCAAAAAUGUGGCGUGAUUUUGAACAACUGAUGGAAUGUAAAAAACAGUGCUUUCUGAAACAACAGAACCAGACUUCCAUUGGUCAGGUAAUUCAGGAGGGAGGAGAGGACCGACUGAUCCUUUGAGUCACGUGCUGUCAUUUGGGGUUUCAGUUGGCACUCGUAGCAUAAUCCCAGAAUGUGUUUGUUUUCUUAAAAGUGAUUUGCACAACAUUUUGCUUUCAGAUUAGCUAUUCUUUGUUAAGUUUUCAAGGAAGAUGAUGUUAAGGUAGAUUUUAGUUUCAAGAUUUUUUUUUUAAUAUGAAGUAAAAGCUUUUAUUGUUUUACUUAGUUUAGCUAUCACUGGUGUCUUCUGAGUUUUAUGAGACAGGAAACUAAGUUUACUAUCUGUAAGUGUAAACAUAUAUCCAUUAAGAAACAUGUAGCUUUUAAAAAAUGUAAUAACACAAUGGCUUAAUGUUUUUCUAAUCUUUCUUUUAAAUUUAGAGGAAUCUUUUAGCAACUAAUAUCUCUUGUUUUGAAGAAACAUUUAUCUGAAGUUCAGCAUAUCCUACAGUUUCACUUCAGUUUCUUUUUCUUCUGUAGAAUUCAAGAAACUGUAAUAUUUUGAAUACCAUAUUUGUUCUAUUUGUAUAAGGAAAAUAA